AUGAUAAUUCAGUCAUCGAGCACCGAUAGGAGGCCAAUACUACCUUCGCAGCUCAUCGAAAGGUUGCGCGUGUUAAUGGUAGUCAAGAGCGUAGAUUUGGCUGCCACUGUCAUAUUCUUGUGGGACUAUCUCUUGACUUUCGGGAUGGAGGUGCGGUACAUCUGGCCGGGUAAAUGGACGUUCGUGAAGAUUAUCUUCCUCAUCCAACGGUAUGUUCCAUUCCUUGAUAUCAUGUGGUAUGGGAUGCACGUAUCGUUCGGAUCAAAUCUCACCAACGAGUUUUGUACUCGGGUCAAUUACGUGGGGAAGGGGCUCAUGUUACUAGGGUUUGUUUGUUCAGAAGUUGUCCUAGUAUUCCGUAUAUGGGCAGUGUGGAAUCGACACCAUAUCAUGACGAUUCUCCUUCCCAUCCUCUUCGCUGCGUGCUGGAUUCCACCCACGGUAUUCCUGGUCGAAUUCAUACGCUCUGUCCGUUUCGCUAAUACUCAUGGUUAUCCCUGCCGUCAGGGCUUUUAUAGAGGGCACUCAACACUAUUCCGGACUGUCUAUGGAGAAGGGAUCAUAUAUUAUUUCUAUCUAUUCGCAUUGUCGACAAUAAAUAUCCUCCUUAACUUCAAUCCGUCGAUCGCCAUUCCCUAUCGGUUCCUGGCUGUCCAAAUGUCUCGCUCACUCCAUUCGAUCUUGACGAGUCGAGUGCUUCUGCAUAUUCGCGCGCAGACAGACCGAACAGAGGUACAUGGCCCGAGCAGCUUCCAAUUUAGUGACGAGGAGGCGUUGAACGGACGACAACGGACGCCCAUACGAAUGCCACGAAUAGUGUUCAAAUCGCCGACUCGCACGGACUAUUGGGCCCCAUAA